UCACCCGCAGUAUAUAAAUAAAUCCUCAAAGCGAGACCAGCAACAAGAAAAAAAGAAGCAGCAGGUGCUCAAAGAGCAUGGCGACGCAUCGAUCAGUGUUCGACGCUGCGGAGCUUAGGGCCCAGUUUAAUGAUGCGGGAAUCAACCCUCAGUUCAUCCCUUCUAUUUGGAAGUAUGUGCUGCAAAACCCUGGGUGCGAGCUGGACGAAAUUCCCGAUUUGCCCUCCUCUGCUUACCCUCUUCUUUGCUCCAAGUUCAAGCCCCUUACUUCCACCGUUCACUCUGUUUUGCACUCCACCGACGGCGUCACCGCUAAGCUCCUUAUCAGACUCCAGAAUGGAGCUUUUGUAGAGGCAGUGAUUAUGACAUAUGAUACCCGUUUAGGUAAAUAUGGAGGAAAACCUCGUCCUGGCGGUCCUAGGUCGACAUUGUGCAUUUCAUCUCAGGUUGGAUGCAAAAUGGGUUGCAAAUUUUGUGCAACUGGAACUAUGGGGUUUAAGGACAAUUUAAGGUCGGGAGAAAUUGUGGAGCAACUGGUUCAUGCUUCUCGUUUGAGUAACAUACGCAAUGUUGUUUUCAUGGGAAUGGGAGAACCAUUGAAUAACUAUACUGCCUUGGUGGAAGCUAUUCGCGUCAUGACAGGAUCACCGUUUCAGCUGUCACCAAAGAGAAUUACAGUAUCAACGGUAAUUCCUCCAAAUUUUGCUAUGGUUGGGAUUAUUCAUGCUAUCAACAAACUUCAUAGUGAUCUACCAGGUUUGAACCUAGCAGUAUCAUUGCAUGCGCCAGUCCAAGAGGUCCGUUGUCAGAUAAUGCCUUCUGCAAGGGCUUUUCCUUUGGAAAAACUUAUGACAGCGCUGCAAGCAUAUCAAAAUAACAGUCAGAAAAAAAUAUUCAUUGAGUACAUCAUGCUUGAUGGGGUGAACGAUGAAGAGCAGCAUGCACACCAGCUUGGUAAACUGCUGGAAACUUUUCAAGUGGUGGUAAAUUUAAUACCAUUUAAUCCAAUCGGUAGCUUUAGUCAAUUCAGAACCAGCAGUGAGCAGAAAGUAUCAGAAUUCCAGAAAAUUCUUAGGGGUACCUAUAACAUCAGGACAACAGUUCGUAAGCAAAUGGGUCAGGAUAUAAGUGGUGCAUGUGGUCAGCUGGUAGUGAACCUACCUGAUAAGAGAUAUGGUGAAAAAACAGGUCUCAUAACUGACAUUGAAGAUCUUCGUAUUUGAUGUGCCAAACCCCUUUCAGGCGAGUUAACGAAUCAUACUCAUCAUGAUGACUUUGAAGAAACCUUAUCAGGAUGAUGCUACUGCAAGGAGUGGGUUAAACCAUCUUGAAGAUGUCAAAGGUCUUGAAUAUUCAUCAAUUGGAUAUCAUAAGUUCACGUGUCAGAGUUUAGAUGUGUAACAAUUUUGUCUAUAUAUAUCUGUUACUGGUUUCACCAUAAGAAAGACGGUAGUAGAUUUCACUUAA